CCACCCAUAUUUAUUCACCGAUUUACUUCUUCCCCAAAUUUGCAUUUCCUUGCACAAAAUCUUCAACAAACCCUAGAAAACGCAAAUUCUCGACUCCGUGGCUUCGUCUUUUGAGCAUCGAAAACGAUCGAGAACUCAACGGAGAAGUCUUUUGAUAGAGAAAUUUCACCAAUUUCAAGGAAGAGGUUGUGAUUGCAUUUAACAUAAUUCUGCUCAGAUGAAGUUUAAAAGAGGGGUUAAAGUAGAGGUAAUGAACAAAGCUGAGGUUCCAGUCUCGUGGCGUACUGCUGAGGUACUUUCUGGGGAUGGCCAUACUUACAUUGUGAGAUUUGAUUCCUUGGUGGAAAGUGAAUCAAUGGUGGAAAGGGUAUGGAGGAGGUUGAUUAGACCUUCUCCUCCUAUGGUGCAGCAUACAGAGAGUUGGUUAGCUGGGGACAUUUUAGAGGUAUUUGAUGACUUCUCCUGGAAAGUUGCCAUUGUUCUCUAUGGUCUGGAAGGAGAUUAUUAUUUUGUGAGACUACUUGGAUCCUCUCAUGAAUUUAGCAUUCAUAUAUCUUCUAUGAGGAGGCGACAAGAAUGGAAAGAUGGCAAAUGGGUUUUGAUGUCUAAGGUUUCUUCAGAAUGUGGAAAGGUCAACACUCUCAAACUAUCAACUCCCAUUGGCUAUCAAAAGUUGGACUUCCAGUUGCUGCAAUCUGAUGUCUUGGCUAACUUUCAAGGAGAAAGUAGAUUACAAGAGUCUCAUGCAGUAUCUUCAAGAUCUCUGAAGCGCGCAUCUCCAUACUGCUCAUCAGCUGCUGAAUCACAUACUAUACACUUCCAAAAGCUAAGAGCUGCUGAAACAAAUGGCCAGAGGCAAAGAUUAAUUCCAUCACCCUUACUGGAAAAGGGCUACAGGUGGAGGCAUGGUUCCCUUGCUUCUGACUUUUCACAGAUGAUGCCGGGGUUUGCAGCCAUUCUAGUGGAAUGAACAAACGGACAAUUCAUGCGUCCAAUUUCCCAGACAUGGCCAAUCCCUGGUAUCACUUUGUAAUCUGUUUAUUGUCAAACAUUAUAUAUACCAUAUUGCAGGAUUUGCAAAAUUUUUUAUACUGGAUGAAGCCAGAGCUUUAAGCAGUACCAUUGCAGACUAUAUAUGUAAGGCUUGUUAAUACUUUCAACCAGUUAUUACAAUGUUAGUGUAAAAACCUGCAUUUUCUGUUGAGAUUAAAAGUCAUGACUUGGGAAAAUGCUUCAUUUUGAAAGUGUAAGUAUCCAAGGACCUAAGACAAGGAGAUGAGAUAACCAUGAGACCUUCUUCCUGUUGUGCUGUUAUUAUUUUUAUUUAUUUAUUUAUUUAUUAUACAUUUUGCUGUCGACUACAUACCUUGUAUCUGCAGAAUUAGUUGUUUCUGUAAAUCAUGAUGUGUUAGGUGGGAGUGUGCCAACUUAUUGAAACUCAAAACAGAAGAAAUUUGAAAGCAGAUGGAAGGCUCAGGUAUCUUUUCCCACGUUCUCUUCUUACCUUGGAUCACUCGCUUUGUUGCAUAGAGUUGGAGAGAUUCUUGUUUCUGAUACCUCUUUGGUCAUCACAUUGCAAUGAGAAGAUAUUCAUAUGACAACUGACUAGAAUGUUGCCAGUUGAGUUUCACAAAAGACAUUCUGAAGAGCACUUUCUUUUUCCUCCUGAAUGUUGAGGACUUAGGCCUGACUUUCAUUGAAUUUGUGGGAAUGUAAUGAAAUGAAAAUGCUACCUCUCUGCCACACAAUUUGGUUGCCCUGCCUAAAUAACUGCUGGUGAUUUUUU